AUGGCGUCCGUUGCACCGACCGCCUUCUGCUCGCUCUGCGGCGUGGUGUUGGCCAAUAAUGGCGAUCCAGGAAUUCAAGCUCCCGGCCGGGGCUGGCUGGGCCUCGUCCGGGCUAUCUAUACACGAUCCUCUCAAGCGGACGCUGCCAGAGUAUCUGAACCUGGAGUUAUUACAGGACACAAUGUGCUGUCGAUUCCGUCUUCGACAUUACCUGGCGUAAGGCAGACCAUCACGUUGUUUCGAAACCAUGGCUCCGACUGGGGAUAUGGCCUCCACGAGGCGUGUUGGCAGUUGUUGCGUGCAGAGCUUGGUGGCAGAGUGGACGAGUCUGCGAUCGCGAUGUCCUUAUUCCAGCAGUUUUAUUGUACACCGUGUCCGCAGCACGCGUGCCUGGAUUUUGGUCAUGAUUAUGACAGUGCACUGUCCAUCGGGCCUCUGGGACCAGCCAACUCUUCAGACGGAUCUCACUUUACGUUCACUGACCCUCUCACCAUGAACUUGUCUCAGAUUGAACAGAAUGCUCCCCCGUCGCCGUCAUGGACCCGUCUAGAUGUGGAAAGCGACAAGAGGUCGGCGUUUGGCAGAUUGCCGACGGAGAUCUUCCACGACAUACUUCUCUACUUACCGCACACCGAAGUCAAACAGCUCCGGCUCGUCUGUCGAGAGCUGGCGACCUUAAUAUGCCCUGAGGCACUUCCCAUGUCAUUUUGGAGGGCGCAGUUCUGGCCCAGCCGCGUCUACGGUUUCAUUUUCGCGGAUACCAAUCAGACAAGAGACUGGUCCAAAGCGUUUCGUGGUGUGACAUGCGCACUCGGGAACGGCGAUCCUGCACUCAUCAACAGAAGGAGAAUCGUUGGCUUGCUGAAACACGUCGCGGCCCUCGUCGAAUUCGAUGCAGCGUCGUCGCGCAGUCGUCCCAGUGGGACUGCGUUGUCCGAGCCGCUGAACAUGCAUUUCACCCCUGUAGUGGCGACCGACAGUGAUCAAGGGGACAGACCGCAGUAUGAGCAAACACCGUUGACUGGCCGCCGGUCUACUACUGGAGAGGAUUCUCUCGCGUCGGACGAUUGCCGUGAGGUCCACACCAGGAAGGCGCGGGUUCCCUUCCAAGGGGACGCAAGUUUUGCUAUCUCGUUCGCCCCCUUUGGCCCCAGAACAUACGUAACAGGCAUCUCAUGGACGGGAAAGGUCUGCGGUGGCGUUGGAUAUUGUCAGUCUCCACAGAACUCUUGUCAGAUUCCGCCCGAGUCGUCCGUCGAGGCACUGCAAGUCACUUUCUGCACGCGGGGGUUGAUCGGCAUUAAAUGGAACUUCACGGACGGGACCUCCUCUCCAUGGAUUGGGGAAUCGCAGGGCAAGGGAGCAGCGCGUGGGAUUUUGAUUUUCCGCAAAGAGAACCAGAUGGCUCAUUUAGUGGUAGGGCUCGAUGUAUGUGUACCCCGAGGGGUUGGGAAGAGCGCCGUUCUGACAACAGAAAAGCACUAUAAGAUUGUCAGCAUAGGAAUCACAUACGAAGGGAAGACGCGACAUUUCCCGCACUGUCCUCCGGUGCUCACCGUUGCCUCUACUCUUUGGGUGCCUGACGUCCCUCGACAUAAGCGCAUCUUCAGCGAACUCACGCCGAAUCACCUGCCACGGAGCACUUUUGCACUGCUGGAUAUUGACUUCGGCGGCCUGCAAGGGUCGUUGUUGGGAUUGCUGACCAGGAUGGUCGUCUUUGUGAGUACUUCGCCUUGUCCCAUCGCCGGAAUGGAGUUCUUCUAUACGGAUGGAAGCACGAGAAGCUUCGGUAUGCGGGGACAAAGUGAGAUCUCUUUCUACCUCGAUGGCCCGGGGGGAGAACGGAUAUCAGAGGUGAUUUUUGUCGAUGAUGGCACCCAGCCUGGUCUCACAGGCUUCACGGUGUUGACGAACUUCGGUCGCCGCAUGGAUUUCGUCACGCUCCGAUCUCUCUGUCAGGACUCAUCCAAAACAUGCUCCCACAAACCGCCUGACGGUUAUGUGAUGACGGGAUUUGCGGCCACAAGCCAAGACGACCACUUGGUCCAACUAGGCAUCCAGAGCCAACCAGCCACGACGCGUCUAGUUCACACGCUAAGCCUGGACUUCUGCAACGCACGCAUCAGGCCGGACAGCAUGUGGAGAAAAAGCGUCUGCGACUACCAUACCUACGCUUCCCUUCGAGGGGUGCGCCGGAUUACGGCGUUCGUCGGCAUGAAAGAACGCAGUCGACUACCAUCGGAUAUCUGUGGCCUGAAGGUCGACUAUCACGACUGUCGUGCACCAAGUGUUGUUGGCCAGUUGAUGCAGGAGGCCAAUUCGGUUGACCUCUUCCGCCACGAGUGCAUCCAGGCCAUGACGAUAUGGAUGACGGGAGUCUCGCCUCUUCCACCAGAAACAGACCAGAUACCGAAGCAAGGGAAAGUGGUCGCUGCUCGCAUCGAGACAACACUUGGCCAUACAGCCGAUUUCGGCCCAUACGGGUCGGAAUAUCCCCCGAUGGAUGGCUGCGUAGGAUAUCGCUAUGAGGCCGAAGGCCGUAAUACACUGGUGGCUGACCCCUACUGA